CAAAUUAAUUAGCAACUGUCGCAUAUACAAAUAAUAUUAGGCUGCUAGUAUUAUGAUUAAUCGAUUUGUACUCGUUCAGUGUGACAUAAAUAUGUACCUAAAACCAUACCAAAACAUACCUAUAUGUAAAUAUAUAAGACUUUGAAGUUCAGAAAAUUUGCUUAGUCGAAUUUGAGAAACCAAUUCAUCUGUGAUCUCACAAAACUGUAUAAUGAUGAACGGCGUAAGUUGGCAGGUUAUUAUUUUGGCGUUAACGGUGGCCACCGUGCUGUCGUCAAAAGGUCGAAGGUUUCAUGAGGAAUCCUGCGAAGAGAUGAUUCCUCAAUUUAUUGACCACAUAACAUCAGAGAAUGCCGAUGAUGGAGGAGAAUGUGGCGAAGUGGGGCAAUUCCCAAAGCCUGGAGAUUGCACGGCAUUUUUUAAAUGUGUUCGAGGAAGGGGACGAAUUCUUGGAAUAUUGGAAUAUUGUGCUAUUGGGUACAAUUUUGAUGGAAAUAGUUGCAUUAGAAGCAAUAACGUGACCGAUUGUCCACAAUUUAUUUGUAAGCCAACAAAUAAUACUAUUGUUGGCGGUGAGAGUUCCGAUUUGCCAGUAGAAAUUGCAUCAAGUGCCGCACAGAAAGGGCAGGAAAUUGAAGAAUUAAAAAACAAAGCUGGAAAACUAGCAAAAAUCAAUUCUUUUGUUUUAUUUUUAUACGGUUGUACUUUGCUUUAUUAGUUAUCUAUAGUAGUAUUGAUAAGUAUGCAAAAUCAUUAAUUGAUCAUUAACCAUUUGUAAAGCAAUAUAAUAUUAAAUGAGAAAAUAAAUACUUUCAUGAAAAGAGUAGA